ACCUGACUUCCUGGAUCUGUGCAGUCAGAACACAAGCGGGGCAAAUUCCUCAAGCUGCAUUCGCUGUCACGCCGAACUAGGAAAUUCAAGGUUUCAUGGUAUCACGUUUGAACUACACAUAGACAACUUGUUUAUUGGGGUUGCUGAUUAUUGGGAGCCGGGAUGGACUCAAAGUCUCUCAGAUUUCCCUUUUGCCUAUCUCCUUCGCCAUACACUUCAACUCCCAGAGCGUCCUCGACGUCACUGGGUUCCAGCGGCUUGUACAGGCGGGACACUCUGCCUCAUCACGAUCGCUUUCCGAGAGCAUCAUCCACAUACAAAGCAGAUAUGGACCAAAAGAGUUCUCACUUCAUGAGCUCGUCGAGAGACCACAACAAUUCUGACUCCCGCAGCAGCAGCAGCAGCAGCAGAUGGAAGUUGCAAUCCUCUCUCACAUCUUCCAGCCGAUCUUACGAGCAUCCAUGGGCAGAAUCUUCAUUCAGCAGCAGGACUAAACUGACUGACUCUGAGGGCAGGUUUGGCCACUCCAGUCUGUUGACCAGCACUGAUGAUGGUGACAAUAAGAGAGCCAAAUUGACCUACAGCAACAGAGGGCUGUACUCAAAAACGCCCAGUACCUCACCUACAGGAUCCACCUACUCCAGUAGUGGACUUAAUAAUACCAGAGCAGGCGUUAAAGAAAAACACAGUGAGCCAUUGGAGCCGUCAUGGAGCUCGAGCCGUUUUCUGUCGCGGUCUUCACCUUUCGGCUCAAAGCCACUGGCGUCCAGCAGAGAAGCAGAGACUCAGAACGAGCUUGAGCUGCGAGAAAGAAGGACGAGAUUCCAGGAACUGACGUCUUUGUAUAAGACAGACCGUCUGACAUCCACAUACGCUCAAGGAGCCCGUCCCAAAGACAAGGUUUACUCCCCUUGUUCCUUCACUGCUGUGCGAGAAAGCUCCCCAGGUGGUAAUGUCGCAUCCACCUCCACCUCCUUCGCCAAUCGCUUCUCCGUGGCACGUGACUACAACAACAGACCCUCGUCACGCUUGUUAAAUGCCUCAUCCCGCCGUGCCUCAUCUCAGGAACAGCCUUCCUCCCUCAGACCGGAAGCCCUGCUACCUCCGAGACCUGCCCCCGAAGGCGGUGAACCCCAAGGACGUACCUCCACGCGGCACCUUUUAUCUCGCCUCUUCUCAUCCAGCCCCCAAAACUCCUCUUCCUCCUUCUCUAGCAGCCUGUCCAGCAACCGCUCGUUGGAUGACGACAGCCUUUCUCUGGACAGCGAUGAGGGUGCCAGGAUGUCUGUGAAUGCGGAGCCGGCCUCCCGCAGGUGGCAGGCGAACACCCCCGGCACUAGGCAGCGCAGGGCAGACCCCUCUCCGAUUUGGGAGAACAAAGACCGUGGAGUUGCUGGACCCAGGGUGCCGUUGCCCCGAGAGCCUGAAGUAGAGAGCAGUGAGCUUGCCAGCGGCGGAAACUCCUCCUGGCUUUCUUCCUCACUGCAGAGCCGCUGCCCUCCUCUCCUCUCUCGUCUUCGGAGACACGCACGGGGUGAGAGCGCACACUCAUCUGCCAGCCUUAGCCGUCCUCAACACUUGCUGAGAAGAUGGGAUGACCUCGAACUGAGAGCGCCUCAAGAUCACGACGAGGACGAUGACGAAGAGCAAGGGGCGGUCGGUUUGAAUCUGUUUGGGGCGGCAUGUCCUCGCAGGCAAGAGGAAGACAAGUUACCCCAAAUGGAGGAAACCUUAGUGGGCUUGGCGCAGCGCCGCAGGGGCCCUCCACUUCAAAACAAGUCCACUGGGCCACAAGUUGCUGCUGAGACGGCGCUGGACGGCACAAGGAGCAAACAAGAGAAGCUCCGCAUUAUUAAGGAGAGACUACUGCUGGAAGAUUCCGACGAGGACGAAGGAGACUUGUGCCGAAUCUGCCAGAUGGGAGAGGAGUCGACAUCAAACCCCUUGAUUCAACCUUGCCGAUGCACUGGAAGUCUGCAGUACGUCCACCAGGACUGCAUCAAGAGAUGGCUGUGCUCCAAAAUUGGCUCCGGCACGGACCUAGCGGCCAUCACAAAUUGUGAACUCUGCAAGGAAAAGUUGCGCUUGAACAUCGCCAACUUUGACAUCCAGCAGCUGUACAGAACACACGCGCAGUCAGAAUAUGACCACUUCAUCAGCAGUGGUCUCUAUCUGGUGGUCCUGUUGCAUUUUUUUGAACAGAGGUUCUCUGAUGUCCUGGGAGCAGUUGAUGCAGCUGGGUUGUUUAACCUGGUGAGAAUUCUUCCAGAACACAUGGACAACCUUGAAAAUCCUACCGAGGAAAGUGACAGCGAGGAGGAAGACGGCCGACCUUCUAUAGAGUUCUCCGACCUGGACGACGAUCUUGACGAGGAAUACUGAUCACGAUAAUGAUCAGGUCGCGACGUAAAGAAAGCCGUUUGUGCAUUUCAUUCCAUAUCCUUGAUAUCAUCACUGGCGGGCACGAUUAUACAGUAGUGGGGGGAAAAAAUUAACUAGUAAGAUAGUCCCUCUACGAGUGCACUGAAUUGUCCUACUAGUGAGGACAAAGGUCGUACAGUACUAGUACAAGGACCUUAAGACGGAUAUCAAGGACAUGGAAUAAAUGCUUCGCACGUUUUGGCUUUGAUCACCCACUCUGCAAACAUUUGACUUUUGAUUUACACGUAUGCAAACUUGAACUAAAUUGGUGUGAAAGAUAUUGCUUAACCACAUUGAUUUGGUUUUUAAUGCGAGUGCGCUUUAUUCAGUAUAAUUAAAUACAAAUGCAACCACAAGUGCUUUUGUUGAAAGUGUUUAAUGGAGUAGUGAAAAAAGUGGAUGAUUUGUCAAUUACUCCUCUUUUUUCCAUUUUGGUCUGCUUUUCCUUUUGUGUGCAUGGGUGUCUAGCUCAUUGUCUUCAUUUCAAUGAUCAAAUAUGUUUCAUGAGUAAACUGAGUUUGUGUUGCAUUAUGGAAAUAAAGAUAAUUUUAAAAAGCUUAA